AUUUUCCAGAGCUGCUUACGAGUAGGACGGUUAAAGCAGCCGGAACGGUUCUCUGUUAACGUUCAGACUGCGGUCAUGAGGACAGCUUCCAAUCGAGCAAUAUAAAAACGCAUCUGCUGCAGUGAUCCUUCUGUCCUUUCACCCUGGCUUUGCAGUCGCCCUAGGAAUAAACAAGAGUGUGAAGCCUCUCUGCAGUGUCUCAGAGUCACAAGCCCCAAGGGAUCCCAAUCAUACGAUCUCUCAGAGUUGUUUGAAAAAAAAAAAUUGCAUGAAGAGCCAAAUGCUUACACUCUGGCCAAGUUAGGAGCCUAUGAGGAGGAGAGGCUAGGGGAGGGCCGUUCACUCCAUGCAUGCUGCAGAAUUAGCUCUCUCCCUCUGGGUCUGCUCUGCUGCAAAGCUCAGCAGCACGGAGGGAGCGAGAUCCAGGAAUCUGCAACAGAAACCAUGACAGCCUGAAACACCCUGUGGUGCCAACCUCCAAAUUCUCAUCUGUCACUUCAGACCCUGACUGGCUGACAGAGCAGCAGAAUUUCAACUCCAAUAAACGUGAAUGUGCUUCUAGGCAAAGCAGCCAAGCUGACGAGGGAGGGGGGUGGAAGAGCUAGCUCCUCUUGGGCAUUUGUCAAACUUUUACCUCCUGGCUGUGUGCAAGGAGGGGACUCAACUUCGGCUUCAAGCUACCAAGGCUCUGGAUCCAGCCACCUCUCCGCAGGUGUUUGCCCUGACCAGGCCAACAGGAGACACUCCCACCAUGUGCUAAGUCCUGGAGGGACUACUCGGAGUGCUUUCAUUCCCGGUUCACACAAGAGCCAAGACCUCCUCAAAGCACACCAGUAUUCCCCAGAGGCGCCUGGGACCAUGAGAAUCAGGCUACUUGGAACUGUGUCUAGAUCUAGCCAGCAUGAAGGCUGUGCUUCUCCUCCUGUGCGCCUUGGGAACCGCUGUGGCAAUCCCGACAAGUACAAGGUUUCUCUCUGACCACUCCAACCCAACUACUGCAACACUGGUGACACCGGAAGACGCUACAGUCCCCAUUGCCGGGGUUGAAGCUACAGCAGACAUAGAAAACCAUCCCAGUGACAAGGCUGAAAAACCUUCAGCACUUAAUUCAGAAGAGGAAACUCAUGAACAGUCAACAGAGCAGGACAAAACCUACAGCUUCGAGGUGGACCUGAAGGAUGAGGAGGAUGGAGAUGGGGAUUUAAGUGUAGAUCCAACGGAAGGAACACUAACACUGGAUCUACAAGAAGGUACAAGUGAGCCUCAACAGAAAAGUCUCCCGGAGAACGGCGAUUUCCCCGCGACCGUGUCCACUUCCUAUGUGGAUCCUAACCAACGCGCAAACAUCACAAAGGGAAAGGAGAGUCAGGAGCAACCUGUAAGUGACUCACACCAGCAACCGAAUGAAAGCAGCAAGCAAACCCAAGACUUAAAGGCUGAAGAAAGCCAGACACAAGAUCCAGACAUUCCCAAUGAAGAAGAGGAAGAAGAAGAGGACGAAGAAGAGGAAGAAGAGGAAGAGCCGGAAGACAUUGGUGCCCCCAGUGAUAACCAAGAGGAGGGAAAAGAACCUCUGGAGGAGCAGCCUACCAGCAAGUGGGAAGGAAACAGAGAGCAAUCUGAUGACACCUUAGAAGAGUCCAGUCAGCCCACUCAGAUAAGCAAGACAGAGAAGCAUCAAUCUGAGCAAGGAAACCAAGGGCAGGAGAGUGACUCUGAGGCAGAAGGAGAGGACAAGGCUGCAGGCAGCAAGGAACACAUUCCACAUACAGAGCAGCAGGACCAAGAAGGGAAAGCUGGCCUUGAAGCUAUUGGCAACCAGAAGGACACUGAUGAGAAGGCCGUUUCCACAGAACCUACCGAUGCUGCCGUGGUGCCUAGGAGUCACGGAGGAGCUGGUGAUAACGGGGGCGGGGAUGACUCUAAGCAUGGUGCAGGCGAUGACUACUUCAUCCCCAGCCAGGAAUUCCUAGAGGCCGAAAGGAUGCAUUCCCUCUCCUAUUACCUCAAAUAUGGCGGCGGCGAGGAGACAACGACUGGCGAGAGUGAGAACCGGAGGGAGGCUGCAGACAACCAAGAGGCCAAGAAAGCUGAGAGCUCACCAAAUGCUGAACCUUCAGAUGAGGGCAACUCAAGGGAGCACAGUGCUGGUUCUUGCACGAACUUCCAAUGUAAAAGGGGACACAUUUGCAAAACCGAUCCACAAGGGAAACCUCACUGUGUUUGCCAAGAUCCAGAGACUUGUCCCCCUGCAAAAAUCCUAGAUCAGGCUUGUGGCACUGACAACCAAACCUACGCCAGCUCCUGUCACCUGUUUGCUACCAAGUGCAGGCUGGAGGGGACCAAAAAGGGACACCAACUGCAGCUGGAUUACUUCGGAGCUUGCAAAUCUAUUCCUGCUUGUACGGACUUUGAAGUGGCUCAGUUUCCCCUGCGGAUGAGAGACUGGCUCAAAAACAUCCUCAUGCAGCUUUAUGAACCAAAUCCCAAACAUGGCGGCUAUCUCAAUGAAAAGCAAAGAAGCAAAGUCAAAAAAAUUUACCUGGAUGAGAAGAGACUCUUGGCUGGAGACCAUCCCAUUGAACUUCUCUUGAGGGACUUUAAGAAAAACUACCACAUGUAUGUGUAUCCUGUGCACUGGCAGUUUAAUGAACUGGACCAGCAUCCUGCAGACAGGAUCUUGACACACUCUGAACUUGCUCCUCUGCGAGCUUCCCUGGUGCCCAUGGAACACUGCAUAACUCGCUUCUUUGAGGAGUGUGACCCCAACAAGGAUAAGCACAUCACCUUGAAGGAAUGGGGCCACUGCUUUGGAAUUAAAGAGGAGGAUAUAGAUGAAAACCUCCUCUUUUGAAUUAAGAUUUGAGAGAAUCGGAACUUUCCAUCCACCUCACCUGCUUUAACCGCUUCAGAAAUACGAGCAGCCAUGACACUAUACAUUCAUAUGUAGCAAAACAUUUGUUUGCAUGUGAGAGAAGACAAUGGUAGUAAUUACUUCUUGGUGAUAUAUAUAUGAGCCAGGCACUUAAUAUUAACUUAGGAAAUGAAACUUUAAAAUUAAGUAGAGUCAAUGUCUAUAAAAGACUGUCCUGUCUGGGGACAGUUAGCCACCAUGGCAAUGUCACUCUGUGCAUCUGCGUUUAUAAUUGAUAAUUAUAAACUAUUAAAAAAACAAUGUUCAUAUUGUCCAUAAUACCUUAUGCAUGCUGAGGAAGUGAGAUACUGCUCUUUUGAGAUAAAUAUGCCUCCUUUUCAGUGUCUUGAUGUCCUAAUAAAAAAUCUAUAAAACCUCAAA